AUGGAGCAAGCAAAGCUCUCAGCUCAGGGGGCGGGUCAGCGUGUGAGCAACACGGUGGCUCGAGGUAUCGCCGUCAAAGAAGUCAUCGGGACUCUGGACCAAGCUCCGUGGCUGGCCAUAGCCGUGGUUCGGACGGGGAGCAACGGCCAGACCCUGCCGGAAAAUGUGCGCGGCAUCCAUGGGAUCUACAAUCCCCGGCACAGCGCAGCCAAGCUCCGACGCAGUUUAGACGACGAGAUUGAAAGACUUGGGCGCUCUGCGAGAACCGACGGCACCCCUACAGCCCGGCACUCUGUAUGUUGUGUCGUUGCGACGUUGGAUUCGCGCUCUACGACCCCGGAACGGAGGCAGGCCGGGAGUGUGUCGGCACAGACCGCUGGAGACGAGGGCAAGGACGCGAUGCUAACCAAUUGGCAGCGGCGCAGACUUCAUGACGGUGAAGGGCGAAACAAAGACGAAGACUAA